UUUAUUUCCACUAUCAAAGUGAUAACAGGCUAGCAGUAAAACACUAGACUGACAAAAUUACUAGGAAAGAUUAAUCAAAUUAUUAAAUGAAGCAAUAUUCAUAAAAUCGUAGGUAGUGCUUCACUUUAUGAAAUUACAAAUUAAACACCCCAAAGCAGCAAUUUUUUUUCACUGUCAAAUAUUAUACAUCUUACGUCUGGAGUUGUAUGCAUUUUUUUUUUAAGAAGGCGGGAAUAAUAUACAGCAAGACUUUGGUACUUUUUAUUUUUAUUUUUUUUUAUCGUAAUUUUCAAUAAAUUGUUUGCCAAUAAUUCAUAUUAAACAUGACACUGCUGUAGCCUGAUGACUCCUGUUAGAAAGUGUUUGUUUUUUAAUCUUCGAUUUAUAAUGGCACGUUAGAUUUAUGUUUUUCUUUGCCAGCUGAAGCGUGACCUGUCGUGAAUCCGAGGUGCUAGGAAGGUGUCUAAUGAAAGGUGUUAAAAUGCUUGCAGAUGUUUCCUGAGACAUUUACAUUAUGUUACAGUAUCUCAUGGCCACUGGUUUAUAUAAGGAGAUUGCAGCCUGUAAUCUGUAUGUACUAUUGAGGCCCUCCGGGUCAUUUCUGCUCGCUUUGAUUUCAGAGUACUGCUUUAAACACCUAUAAUCCCAGGAUUUUUCUGCCAUUAAGUGAUGGCUUUCUGAAGGGGAGUGCUGAUGUUAGUGGAUGUGUGCACACAUACAAACACAAAACCGAGCGAUAGCACCUCUAAUCCAUUCAUAUUUUCACUCGUAGCGAAGCAGUAGAGACACGGUCAUGGUGGGCAAACUUGUGGAUGUACUUUUAUUAGUUGUCAGUGCAGGAGAAACAUUUCUAAACAUGCUUGACAGCUGAAAGGAACCAGUGAUGUGUUCCGUCAUUAUUGCUGUGUACUUCCUCCUCCUCCUCCUCCCUCAUGCCCUGGCCCUGUGGGCGUGCACACGCUCUUGCCCUCCCAGCUGCACAUGUACCCAGGAGAAGAGCUGCAGCGUCCUGUGUGACCACGUCAAUAUGAUGGACCUGCCUAAAGAGUUCCCCUGCGAGGCAUCCUCCAUCAACCUGGACAAGAACAGCAUCAAGUUUCUGUCGGAGCGAGCCUUUGGCACCCUGCCUUCGCUCAAGACGCUCUCGCUCAACCACAACAACAUCUCCUUCAUCACACCAGGAGCGUUUAAAGGGCUGCCCAACUUGUUGGAGCUCAAAUUAGCCCACAACGAGUACAUCCGCUACCUGCACACCCGCACCUUCACGGCACUCAAGCGCUUGGUUCGUCUGGACCUCUCCGACUGCAACUUGUUCAGCAUGCCAGACCGCAUCUUCAUAGAGCAAAUCUCCCUGAAGGAGCUGUUGUGCUUCCAAAACAACUUUCGACGUGUUCCCGGUGCCAUACGCGGGAUGGAAAACCUCACUCACGUUUACUUGGAGCGCAACAAGAUCGAAGCGGUGGCCUACAACUCUUUGUUGGGCCUAACCAACCUCAAGUACCUGAACUUACAGGAAAAUCGCAUAAAUGUGAUACACGACGAGGCCUUCAAAGAUCUAGUGCGUCUGGAGAACUUCUACCUGAACGAUAAUCUGUUGGUUGACCUUCCCCAGAAGGCUUUCAAGGGCCUAAGCAACUUAAAAAUGUUGAAUCUUGGAGGGAACAUGUUGACCAAUGUCUCCAAAACAUGGUUUAGUGACCUGGUGGAGCUGGAGGUGCUGUACCUAGACCGAAACCGGCUGUCCUAUAUAGAAGAGGGCGCCUUUGAGAACUUGACAAGCCUCAUCACCCUGCACCUCAACAGCAAUAAUCUGACAUCUCUGCCCUUCUCUGUCUUCCAGCCCAUCUAUUUCAUCGGCCGCCUGUAUCUUUUUCGAAACCCUUGGGAGUGUACCUGUGACCUGGAGUGGUUGAGAGAGUGGAUGGAGAGUUAUAAGUUGGUGAGGGACAUUCCGUGUGCAUCUCCGUCUUCUGUGGCCGGUUUGGACCUAAGUGAAGUUGUCUAUGCCCACCUGAAUGGCACCUGUCUGGAUCCCCCGGAGCUCAACCUGACCACGUCUCUUCCCGAGUAUUCCACCAUGGAGAACAAGUUCAACAGCCUCAUCUCCAAACUUCUACAGCAGGAACUGAGGGAGGAGAUGGUCAACGUCACAGAUGGUCUGAGGAACGGCACGCAGCAGGACCCCGCCGAGAGUCAGGUUUCUUCUGGACUUGGACUGUUUGGAGCUCCUCAAACUGUGUUUCUUCUUGUGAUUCUUUUUCAAGUCCAGAUCGACUGUAUUAAUGCCUCUUGAGAGUCUGAUGAAUAGCGAAAGGGAUUGAAGCCCAUCCAAAAGUGGAAGUAAUUUUCCAGCAUGGGAAAUGUUUAGGUUUGGGAGCCGUGAUGAAACGUUUGAUCUAUCUCACCAUGAGCAGUGGGUUUUCUCAUGUUGAAAAUGAAGUUCUGGCAGAUAUCACUGAGUUGGAAAUGAUCAUUUCUUAAUAUGAAUGGAAAAUGGCCUUGAAGGAAAAAACAGCAUGUUUCAAGCAAAUAAGACUGUGAAGGACUUUUUCUUUUGCCAGUGCAAAGGAUUGAUUCAAGUAUAACCGAAGUUCAUUUUGUGAGAACUGCGACUAGUGGCGUGAAUGUUUUUCUAUCAUUUUGAUCUAGAUUUGGUUUAAAACAUCUUAAUAACGCAUCUAUAGUAUGAAUACAUUUGUACAUGUUCUGUUGCGUAACUUUGUAACAUUUGUUGUGUAGGAGAUUUAUCCGAUAAAGCUUCUCGCUAUCAUUUCAACAGAUGGCAUAACACAUUGUCCUCUUUUGUUUGGUUCAUUGAACUGGGCAAGUUUCCAGUUCUGGAAAAUGCAUUAGUCCUCCGUAAAGCUUAAGUGCACUCGGUAAUGUAAGCUGCUUCAUAUUGUAACCCAAUGGAUUGGCUUUAUCAUGGUAUUUCACUGUUAUGAUCAUACAUCUACACAGAGCACAACAUGCACAGAAGGAUGAUGUCAUACCCUGAGACAGCAGCUUCUGAGCUACUUAAUAUAUAAGAUUUGUAGGAGACCUCGUAAUUGUGCUGAUUUUUGCUUAGGUGUAAUCGAGAUACUUUGAAUAAACGAAGAUCAUUACAUAAAUACUGAUUAAAAUGACUCCCAGGUGCAAAAUUUUGAAAGUGU